UUAAUUACUCUCUAAUUACUCAUUUUUCUCUCAUUAAUUUCAGUUCGAUUUGACCAAUAAAAACUACAUUAUGAAAAAAAAAAAAGUAAGUCUUUAACCAUAAUAAGUUUGAAAGCUGACACCACUGAAAUUUUUAAUCAAAAUUACUGUACUCCUUUUAACAGAGUCUGAUUAACUGUUUUAUCUUUGUCAGAAUUUCUGUUAUCUUUGUGACUUUGCAGUUUGCUAAGCAGAGGCUCGUACUUUUCUUAAAGCUUUAUAGCGCCCGAUAUGUCUGAAACGAAUCCCACUUCCAGAAUUAACUCAGUUCGUUGCCUGUUUUGCAUCCUGUAAUGUUUUUGGAGGCUGUGUGUACCUUUCUUUAAUUACUAACAGUACUAAUUGCAAGUUCCAUCACAACAUCGUGGGCGUACCUCUGCCGCAGAAGCUGCAUGCGCAUCGCAUCUGCAAAUACGCUUGAAGGAGUCACAACCAGAUUGCUUGUUUUCAAGAAAUGUCUGCGCGAGAUAGCGAUGUGGACACACUUCGGCCACUGGAAUGCCUUUUUGAGUCGAUGAACGACGUCGCGGGCCACACGGAAUACGGUAUACGGUUAGCAGUGCCUCAUCUGUCAUCCGUCCACUGGACAAUACAGAAACGCUACAACGAUUUCCUCGCACUGCACGAUGCCGUCGAAUCGUACGGAAUGGACGUGGAGUUGCCUCCGAAAAAGUCCUUCGGCAAUAAGGAACGCGAAUUCUUGGUCGAGCGUCAGCGGGCACUUCAACUGUACUGCACUACGUUGCUGGAGAACUUGUUUAUGGUGUCGAGUAAGCCAGUGAAAACAUUCUUGCUUCCUGGACCGCGAUUGGCUACUCUUACAACAUCCUGCGUUCAGCUGAUGGCCAUGGUCUUUAGGACCGAUCAUCGGUUUGAAUUGACUGGAAACUUACCCGGUAUAGGCUGGAGAUCGAACAAGGAGUAUGCAGUAGUGAAAAAUGUUGAUAAUCCCAAACAAAAAUUGGUUGGAUAUUGGACGUCAUACGGAGCGGACCGAAUACCUUCAUCCGCGGAUAUUACUUCAUUUUUGCAGAGUUUUGCCCAGAUAAAUCAUCCCUUGUUUUAUCCUUUGCUAUUCGCUGACGCCAGGGAUACGGGGUGCGUUUGCGUGCGACCUGAAAAUACCACAGGAAGCCUGUUGGAUGUUUUAUGCGGUUCUAAGUAUCCUCAGCCGUUCCUGAAGAAGUACAGCCGCAAUAAGAAAUCAAAAGCCGUGACGGAAGAAGAGAUUCAGCGUUUUGGUCGACAGAUUUUGGAGGGGCUGAAGUUUUUCCAUGAUAAUUCCAUUCCUUAUGGAAAUCUAAGCAGUAGAAACGUAUUGGUGGAAAAUGGACGCGUGCGGAUAACUGAAAUUGAAAGUGGUAUUUGUGGAUUGCGAAGUUUUUACUGGCCUUACAUUCUUCAGUUUCGCAAAAUAAGCACGUUUGAAGCCAUCGAUGUGUACUGUUUUGGUCACAUCCUUUACGAAAUGGCCUUCGGUCGUUCAUUGGAAAGCGCUACAUGUGAUAGCAUUUCUCCAGCUUGUCCACCUCUCGUUCGCGCCGUUCUCGAAAGCAUUCUUACGACGGAAGCAUGCCGCUUCGGCAUGCCCACUGUAUCACAGUUGUUAACGCAACCUCUUUUCCAAAGUGUGGUUCUCAACUAUGAACCCGCAUCUAUCAAAAUAUCGCGCUCGUUAAAAGACAUUCUCAUGGAUUCCAAGAGCAAAAUGGAAGCGCGAAUGGCACAAGAGCAGAAAUUGUUUCAUGCUCAUAGACAAGAGCUGAAAGUGCAUUCGCUGCAAUCAUCCGAAGACGAGAAGAAGAAACGCCGUUUGGUGGCACUGAAAACCCAAUUAUCGAGUGGUAUUGUUUCGGAUGGUGAUCAUGAACGGCCCAGUACUCCAACCGGAGCAGCCGCUGUCAGGCCACUGAGCACUGACUCUGUGUCAAUGACGUCGAAAGCAGGCCCUCCCGUUCCCGGCCCGCCUCCUCCGCCGCCCCCUCCCAUUAAACUGGAAGGCGCUCCACCGGAAGUGGAAAGCAAAGAUCGUUCGGCCCUGCUGGCCAGCAUUCGGGGCUUUAGCAAAGCCCAGCUGUCGCAGACAGAAACCAAUGAUAAAAGUGCUCCAAAGAUUUCUUGAUCCCGUGGCAUGAGAGUGGAUUAUGUAUGAUUUGUCCGAGUCUGUAAUUGAUUGUACAGCGGCUUCUUUGAUUAUUGAUCCCGGUGGAUGUAUUCCGUGUCUUUAUACGAUAUUUUAUGUCCUUUGACGAUGAGAUUUUAUAAGUUCCAAGUCCAUCCUCGGUUCCUUGACCAACGCAUUGUGUGACGAGUGAAUAUUUGUUCGCUUAAUAUCGUAAUAAUUAAAAAAAAAA